AUGGGCAGCAGCACGAGCAAGGAGGCCAAGGCCAGUGAGCGGGCGGUGAAGGCGGCGGUCAAGGCCGGGAAGGAGACGGGAAAGCUCCAUUGUCAGGGGCUCGGGCUCGAGGUGCUGAGCGAGAAGAGUCUCAUCAAGGCCGAUAACGCGCUGACCGCGCUGCCGGACUCGCUGGCUCUGAUGGCUGACCUGCAGCUGCUGUAUUUGGCCAACAACGCGCUUGUUGAGCUCUCGGAUGACGUCGCGGAGGCUCUGAUUGCGAUGCAGGAGCUCAACGUGUCGGGCAACCCAGAGCUGGCGGCGUUGCCUGCGGCCUGGUCGGGCUACACCGACUUGCGCCAGCUGUAUCUCAACGAUCUGCCGCUGCUGGCUGCAUUGCCUCCGGCGCCGGCAUGGCCGCGGCUUGUUGUCCUGCAUGUGUGCGGGACGGCGGUCACCGCCCUGCCGGCCGAGUUGCGCGAUUGCGUUGCGCUGGCCCACAUCGCCAUCAACGGCAACAAACAGCUCGCAGCCUUGCCCGACGAUCUAUUCGCGAGUUGGGCUGCGUGCGAAAAGCUCUUUCUGAUGGACAACGCGUUGGCAGCGGUUCCGGACUCGAUCGGCGCCAUGACCUCGCUCCAGAAGCUGUACCUCUCGGACAAUGCCAUCGCCGAGCUGCCGGAUGCCGUCGGCAACCUUGUCGCAUUGGAAGAGCUCUACAUCAACAACAAUGCACUCUCUGCGCUUCCAGCAAGCCUCGCGGAGCUGCCGAUGCUCAACAAGGUGUACGCCAACGGCAACGAGCUGACUCUGCUCCCUCAGCCGCCGCUCGGUUCAGCGCUUGAGAUCCUCUCGCUCAACGAUAACCGCAUCGCGAGCGUCGACGGCUACCCUUGGGCCGAAUCCCAUCCAGAGCUCAAGUUUCUUCAUCUCGCCCGCAACGCACUCACCCACCUGCCGCCUGUCUUUGCCGCCCUCGCCCAGCUGCGAGUGUGCGAGGUGGACGGCAACCCGGCGGUCGAGACCCAGCCCGAUCUGAUUGCCCGCAUCGCUGCUGGCCUCGUCCGCGGAUGGUCUUUUGGCGUCGAGAACCAAGACUCCCCGCACUCGGGCUCGGGCGAGAGCAGCGAGAGCGGUGACGAUGGUGAGAGCAGUGACGACGGUGAGAGUAUCGAGGGCGAUGAGCACAUCGAUGCUGAUGCUCCUCCGACCGCCGCCUCCACACACAACAAUGGCCAGAAGUCUUUCUCCUCCUCCUCCUCCUCCUCGUCAUCCUCGUCGUCGUCGUCUUAGCUCUCAGUCGACAGGAAGCAGCACACUCCUUGAUGACGGCGUGAGAGCUGCGAGUGUGGUGGUAAAGUGGUUACAGUAG